AUGGCCGACAGCAACCAGCCCUCCACUCUCCAGUCCUACGUCGACACUGCCACUGGCAAGGUCCAGUCGGCACUCGGCAGUGUGACUGGCAACACUGGUGACCAGGCCCAGGGUGACCUCCGCGAGGACAAGGCCCAGUCCGAGUACGACGCUUCGCAUGCUACUGCUAAGCUUCCUGGCGCCACCAUCUCUGGCUCCGGUGCUGCUGUUACCGACGACAAGGCCCGCACUGAUGGUUCGUGGAACCAAACGGCUGGAUCUGCAAAGGAGACUCUUGGCGGACUCAUGGGAAAUGAGAACCUCAAGCAAGCUGGCCGACAGCAGAAUCUUGAGGGUCAGCAGCAGGAGGCCAAGGGUCAGCUGUCCGACUACGGCUCUGGAAUUUCCAAUCGUGCACAGGGUGCCGUUGGCAGUGCUGUCGCCGGACUGACUGGUGAUGAGUCUAAACAGGCUCAGUACAACCAAAUGCAUGCGGAGGGAAAAACACAGCAGCGUGGCGUCGAGCACGACAUCACCAAACAGGCGGAGGCUGAGCGCCAGCAGUAA